AUGACAGUGCACGGUACCAGGGUUGUUGAAAUCAGUAAACCAGAAUGGAUCGAGUAUAUCCAAAAAACCAACUUUGAAAACUAUGUCAAGGGCCCUUUGUUCCAAACCAUUAUGCAUGAUGUUUUUGGAGAUGGCAUCUUUGUAGCGGAUGGUGGAGCCUGGAAGCAAGCUCAACAGGCCACCUCGACAAUCUUUAGCAUCAAAACAUUCAAGGAUCAGAUUGACUUCAGAUUCUCGACUGUUGCGGGAUGGCAGGUUUUCAUGAAGCUCGUGUCUUCAAUUGGCAAACGCAUGGAAGCCUCGUGCCGUGUUCUGGAUGAUUACGCCUACUCGUUAAUUGAUGAGCAAAUGGCUGAUCUGUCUCAGACAUCGGAUGGCGAAAAGGAAGAAGCAGAACCUACUGAUUUAUUGGGAAUUUUUAUGCAUACUCAUGAUGAGCGUGGAGGUGGUUUGGGACGCAUCGAGCUGAGGGAUACGGCACUGAAUCUCAUCAUUGCCGGCCGUGACACUACUGCGGAAGCGCUUUCCUGGAACUUCUUUCACUUGUUGAUGAACAGAGACUUCAUUUCCAAGAUUCGCAAGGAGGCGUUUGAGAUCUUGAGUGAAAAUCAAGGUCGUGUAACAUAUGCAAAUUACAAACGGUUUGUCUGGACUAAUGCAACGAUACUUGAAGCAUUGAGAUUGCAUCCGAGUGUCCCGAAGGGUGGACCAAGGAUGUGUCUGGGUAUGAAUCUGGGCAUGUUCAAGGCUGUUAAGGUGAUUGUUGAGGUAUUCAAGGACUAUGAGCUGGAUUUUGCCAAAGGAUGGUGA